AUGGCGAUGAUACCAAUGGAGUACAAGCUGGUGUCGAAGAACAGCAAUGUUGGAAAGGUUUUUGCGGCCAAUGGCCCUCGUUGGAGGCGAUGCGGCCCUGAGGGUAACCAAAGAAUGGUUCGUUGCUGGUUGAAUGGAGGCCCUCCGGGGACGACAUUCUACCUGACAGUGGCAGCCAUGGUGGCCUACAAGCUGGAGUUGGUGAAGAUCGACCAUGCAGGAAUGGUCUUCCGACGUUGCAGUGGCAAAAUGCUUGACUACCGGUUUGUGGUACGACCUUGUGGCCUCCUCCGACCCUUGAGCGUCGAUUUGGCGCGCUCUGGCACCUCGAUUCACUGCAGAGUGACCGCACUUUCGGCAGACCUUGUUUUGGACAAGUUGUACGGUGAUGAUGUUAUUUGGGGAACGGUGUACUACGACGCCUACCAAAAGGUCAAAGAUCAGGGAACCCUGCCCAAGCUGUGCUUUGGUUUGGAAGUCAUCAAGCCCGAGAACUUCAGCCAGCCUCUGGCCAACCAUUUAGAACACUUGGACAUUUCGGAGCCGCCUAUCAAAAAACAGAAGGCCUAG